ACACACACACACACACACACACACACACACACACACAUAAACUCACACACAAACACUCCGCGUCUUUGAGAGACCCGAUUAUCCAAGGUGUCUCGGAAAAUAAUAAUAACAAUUUAAAAAAAAUAUAUAUAUAUAUUUACAGAGAGAGAGAGAGAGAGAGAGAGAUAGAGAGAGAGAUAGAGCGAGAAAGAGAGAGAGAGAGAGAUAGAUAGAGAGAGAGAGAGCGAGAGAGAGAGAGAGAGAGAGAGAGAGAGAGUGAAAGAGAGAGGGGGAGAGAGAGAGAGAAAGAGAGAGAGAAAAUGUUGGCCAGGUUCGCGGUGGCGCUGCUCGUUCUCUCGGUUCUGGCGCUGACGGAGGGAACAGACACUACCGACGCACAUGAGAGUCACCCGGAAAAAGCGGCGAGCCCGAACCAGAAAGGACGACUCUCCUUGCACAACACGGCUGAGAUCCAACACUGUCUAGUGAAUGCUGGUGAUGUGGGCUGCGGCGUGUUCGAGUGCUUCGAGAACAACUCGUGUGAAAUCCGGGGACUACAGGAAAUCUGCCUGACCUUCUUGCACAAUGCUGGGAAGUUUGACUCUCAGGGCAAGUCUUUCAUCAAAGAUGCACUGAAAUGCAUGGCCCAUGGCCUGAGGCACAAAUUCAGCUGCAUCAGUCGAAAGUGUCUGGCCAUAAAAGACAUGGUGUUCCAGCUCCAGCGUGAAUGUUACACGAAGCACAACUUGUGUGCGGCGGCAAAGGACAAUGUUAAUGUCAUUGUGGAAAUGAUCCACUUCCAGGACUUGCUCCCAAAAGGGCCAUAUGUAGAAUUGGUGAAUAUCUUACUAGCCUGUGGCGAAGAAGUAAAGGAGGCCAUUAGCAGAAGUGUGCGGAUACAGUGUGAGCAAAACUGGGGAGCACUCUGCCACAGCCUGAGCUUCUGUUCAUCGCCACCGCCCCUUGCCCACCAGGAGCGCCACGCAAGCCAACACGAGCACCCAAAAGGUCCGCGUCAAGCAGACAAGGAAAAGCCUGGCAAAGGGGGAUCAAGCGCCCAUCCAAGAAAUCGAGGACAGGGUGCAAGGCGUGCAAGCCUUGAUGCCACAAUGGCUGAGCAGGAGGACCCUGAGAACACCGACAUCCGGAGGUGAAGAUCCCUCAAGCACAGACUGAGUAACAGGCCCAGUAAAGCUCUCCUCUUGUCCUUUUCCCCUCCAGCGGUCAUUCCAGAUCUCCCAGACUGUUUGUUUACUUUUGCAGGGUAUUUGUGAUGUAGCUCAUUUUUGAUACUGCAGAUCAUAGGUUCUUUUGUUUCUUAUCACAUGACUCUAACAUGGCGUUUCUAUUUCCUAAGCAUACCCCCUGCCCCUCUAAGUUAUUUAUUUUAUUCUUUAUGCAAUGUUUUAAAUAUAAAAUGUACAUAUAAAUACAUGUAUAUCUAUAAUUAAACAAACCUGUACAAAUAUAGCCAUUGUAUGAAGUACAGAUAAACUAUAUGUAAUAUAGUAUACAUAAUAAAUAAAUAGUUACCUUAUUUCACCUACUACAAUCAAACUGUAGAUAUGUAACAUAUUUUGUUUUAUUUUUAAGGUUUAACAUUUUUGUGUGUAUUGUUUUUUGGAAUACUUGUUGAUUAAAUAUAAAGAGUACAGUAAAGUCCAGGAGUGGCACAUAAACAAGAUUAUUGGUUUAAAAAAAAGCAACAGAUUCUUUAACAAAUAGUUUUCUAUUGUUUUUUUUAUUUCUUUUUUGUUAAAAAUGAUUCAAGGAUGUUUAAAAUCAGGCACAUAUACACACACACACACACACACACACACACACACACACACACACACACACACACACACACACACACACACACACACUGUAGUUGCUAACAUAAAGAAAACGCAGUCACUCACCAGUCCCAGAAUGAUGAAGUGUCUAUGAUUAUCUCAUUUGUGUGUCACUUAUGCACUAUUUGGGAUUUACCCCAAACACAUUAGUCUGACACAAAAACAGCAGCAGCUCACAGAGUGUGUCAUGGAAAGCCAGGCUGCUUGUGUUCUAGCCAACCCUUCAGACAACUCUACCAGUUCCAAGUAGAAAAAAAUAGUAGCCCUCACUCCCUCCACUGAAAAGAGGCAGCGUUUGGAGCCAUAAUAAACUGGCCUAAGACCUAGAAACUAGGUUAAGUCUACACAAGAAGCGAAAGUUAUUAUGGACACGACCACUGAAAAGACCACCUUUGCUAAAGCCAUAGGAGAAUAAAAUGCACCAAUUAUGCAUGUCACUGCAUAAUUUGCCCAUUUUUGGUGGUCGCAAUAUAUCACCACUUGCCCGCAGUACUGAGUACAGGCAAAAGUUACAAGUGAACAUUUUAUUGUUAGAUUUCCUGACUAGUUUUGAACGAAAUUAUAUAAUCGCUAAUGCAAUCCUCUGUUGAGCACCAUGAGCAUUCUUGAUUAAAUAACUAAAUGUUAAAACUAAUAAUUACAUUUUAUAAAAAACUAGGGAGAAUGGAUGUACAUAAUGCAGAUAAGACAGUGUAACACCUUUAUAUUUAUGGCUGUGAUGUUGCAUUUUCAUGCAUUUAUACUAUAAAAGGUAUUCUAAGGAUGUGCAAUUAAAUAUUUUUUUAUUAUUACAGAUAAUAUGGUCAUAUGUUAUACUGUAUGUGUCUGGAAUGUUGCCCAAUUUGUGUACUUAUAUAUUGUGGCAAAUGACAAGUCAUGUCUUGUUUGGAUAAUCUUGAAAUCCAUCAGUAUUUAGUGUCGGUUUAUCAGUACUCAUUAUAAAGCAAUAUAUAUUUAAACUACUUAUUAAAGUAGUUGGACAGUUUUGCUAUUAAA